AUUAUUAAUGUAAAGAAAAACGAGGGGAUUAUAUUUUAUAGAGAAGAUACUUGAUUAUAAAUAAUAUAAUGGUUAGAAAUAUUAUUUGGUCAAAUGGUAAGGAUACAACAAUAGAGAUUGUACGUGGGAAAAACCAGAAAAGAUACCAAAUUUAGCUUAAUUUAUGCAUUAAUUUGAAGAAAAUAUAAAAUAAUAUGGUUCAAAUUUUUACCAUAUUGAAAAUGAUGAACCACCUAAAUUAGAAGAUUUUAUUGGAGCACCAAGCUUAUCAAAAUAAAAUAAGUAUUAAUAACAAUAAGAAUAAAUAAAUAAAUUACAAAAUUAGAUAGAUGAAUUAAAAUAAGAAAUUAAUAAAAUUAAGAAAUAACAAGAUGAAAUAGUUUAGAUAAUAAAUAAUACUUAAUAGAUUGAAAAAUGUUAAUAAAUUAGUUAAUAACAUGAUUCUGAAAUAAUUUAGGAAUCAACAUCAGAAUAAUCACAAAAAAAUACUGAAAUAAAAUAACAAUGUGAAGGUGGAUUUGAAUUUGGAGAUUAAUUAGAAAAGAUAGGUUAAGCAGUUGAAAUUAAAAACAAGGGAGAAAAGAUGUAUUAUUUGUUGUGGUAAAAAAGACCUAAUGGUAAUUGUAAUUAUAUUAAAAUAUAGGUAUAAUUCCAAAAAAUAGAUGGGUUGAUAGUGAAUAUCUUAUGAAAUAUGAUAUUAAGGCUUUGUGUUACUAUCUUCAAAAAAAAUUAUAAUGA